AUGGGGGCCCCUCCGGGCCUGCAGGCCGACUUCGAGGAGCUGCUCAGCCGCUUCCAGGACAUGGACAGCGUGCGCUUCGAGGACUUCUCGGAGCUCUGGAGGAGCAUGAAGUUUGGCACCAUCUUCUGUGGCAAAAUGAGAAAUUUAGAAAAGAACACAUUUACAAAAGAAGCUUUAGCUUUGGCUUGGCAAUAUUUCUUACCUCCAUACGCCUUCCAGAUCAGAGUUGGUGCUUUGUAUCUGUUGUAUGGAUUAUAUAACACCCAACUGUGUCAACCAAAACAAAAGAUUAGAGUUGCCCUGAGAGACUGGGAUGAAAUUUUAAAAUUUCAACAAGAUUUGAUAAAUUCAGAACAUUUUGACGUAGCCUAUAUUUUUAGGAAGCUACGACUAGACAAAGCAUUUCACUUUACAGCAAUGCCCAAAUUGCUGUCAUUUAGAAUGAAGAAAAAAGUUCAUCGAACUCAAGUUACGGAAGAAUUUAAGGAACCAAAUGAUCGUGUAAUGAAACUUAUCAAUUCUGAUGUAUUAGAGGAAAUGCUGAAUGUUCAUGAUCAUUAUCAGAACAAGAAACAUGUAAUUUCAGCUGAUAAGUCCAAUCCAAACAAAACCCUCAGUUUGGUAAAGGAUGAUUUCUUUGAUAAUAUUAAGACCAUAAUUUUGGAGCAUCAGCAGUGGCACAAAGACAGGAAGAAUUCAUCCUUAAAAUUGAAAGAUAAAGAUGAAGAAGAAAAGAGGAAAGGAAAUUCACAAGAAGCAGAGUCGUGUGACAGGGCAGCAUCAUUAGCAAAAAUAAAAUCAAAGGCCUUUGCAGUUGUUCCUCCGGCUUCCAAGUCAAGGAGGCAUCGCCAAGUCAAACUUGACUCUUCCGACUCUGAUUCUGCUUCUGGUCAAGGACCAAUAAAAGCAACCAGGGGAAAAAGAAAAAAAGAUUCAUUGAAUUCCCCAGGAAGGAAGAAGUUUUCCAGUAAAAGUGAUGACAAACAGAAUGCACAUAAGGAAGAUAGAUGUUUGAGUCUGAGUAUGCCUGUAAUUACAGAGGAUGAUGAGGAGAACGGAAAUCAGAGUGAAACAGAGGUGGCGUCACUCAAGAGGAAAAGAAAACCCAGAACAAAGAGGCUGGUGUAG